AUUUCCAUUAAUGCAAUAGAUUUGCUUGGUCCUUUAGUUGACAUGAUUGAAAAAGUAGAAAACAAAAAUGUUGAUAAAGAAGAGUUAAAUGAACUUGAAGAUGAAGAGGCAUAUUACCAAAGCAUACUUUCCAGUUCUCAAGUUGAACCAUUAAGAAUAAUUAUUAUAGAAAUAACAGUAACAGAUAAAUCAUAUUUGAUUAAGUGA